AUGCUUUUCACAGCAUCGCGAGAUUUGACAACGUUAUAUACUGUAUUCGCAGUGCUAGACGUUCUUUCCGCUUUCAUGGCUGCUGCAGAGAGGUGAGUGAUUGAAUGUACUCCAUUGGCAUCCGUCUUCAAAGCCGGUUAUUCGGUCUCUCUGAUGGUUCCAUGUUCUAGCAGGGACUUCAGUGAAGUGUCAGAGCAUUGUAUUUAUAAUGUAUCUGUAUGUUUAGAUAGAAUGGAGUGAAUAUUCCACAGGUUCUAUUUAUUAACAGUGGGGGUUCUUUUGCAGUCUAAAUCUUUCCUGCAUUCUGACAGUUGGAGAUGUAUUAUAUAAUGUAGAUCACACCCCACUGUUCUAGUACAGGCUCUUUAAUUGGUUUUAUUAUUUUUUGUUUUGUUUAAGUAAUAUCUAAAAAAUAUCAGUGGCCUACAACGUGCUGGAAUUUACAUGACCCUAGUAAAGUUUUCUUUAUAUUGGGUAACUGAAUUUAAUCUUCACAAAUACGUUAAACUUGUACUCUUACAUUUUGAAACCAUUUCUUUAAAUACGUGAUGUAAAAAAAAAAAAAACUGACCUGUUUUGAAUUAGUGAUGUAUUGAAAGGGCUACAAUCGACUGAUCUCGGUAUGUGCAUAUAAUCUUAAAACCUUUAAUAUAUAUAAGCCACAUGUCCCUACCUCCCAUCCUUUGCAUGCAGUUUAGCCCAACAGUUUUUAUGGUACAGUUUAAAAUACAUAAAUCUGUGCCUUGGGCUGUCCCAGGAAAUUGUAAUAUCAGGAGAUUACUAGUCUGCUGGUUGAGUAGGCCUGGAGAGUAGAGGGGGAAAAAAACAUGGGGAAGUGUAUUCUUUGACUAUAAGUCUAUAUAUCAUGUUCUGAGAUGAAAGGUUAGCACUCCUUGCACCAAGACAACUUCCUCUAAAUCAAGUUAUUGUGCCUGGAGGAUACUGGGUUUAAUCUUAAUCAGAGGUUAAACUUUUUUGAAUUGUUUAACCCCAGAGAUGCAACACACUCCGAUCUAUAGGUCCUCCAAGCAGCAUCUGGCUUCUGAAUGGGUUUCUGGAAGUGCUGAUUGCUGCCGGGUUGCAGCUUCGCUGGUUGGCUGAGUGCAUCAGUUGACUGCUCAGUGCUUCCUGAAACUUACAUUCUAUGUUUCUCACAGUCAGGAGCUGGAUGUUACUGUGGGGACCCUUCAGACUGGUGAUGGAGGCAUCUUUGUGGUUAAACCACUCUGAGAUCACUUUAGCUCCUGAAGGUAGAAGUGCCUCUAAACUAUCCCUUUAAAUUACAUCUAAUAUUGUGUGCAAUGCUUUUAUUUUAAUCUGUCUUAAACAGUUUAAUGUUUCUUUUUUCAGAGCGUAUGGGGACCCCUGUGAUCCUAGACCUAUGCAUGCUUGCAUCCAGGAAAUAUUACCGGUGAGAAUUAAACUUUAAAGAAUAGUUUAGUUGACUAGCUAUACAACAAUUGUUUGUAUGUCUGUAUCCUUAUGUUUUGUAUUUGAGGGAACAUAGAGCAAUAUCUAUCUAUCUCCUACUGUUGUAGUUAUGGUCCAGGUUGUUCCUUUGUGCCCUUCCAAAGUAACUUGUCAAGCUGUGCUUAAAUGGUGUGAUAACACACCUGGCUCCUCUUUGCUUGGUAGAUGUCUUCAGAGCUAACAAGUCUGAUAUCGGGCCAUGCUUAUUGGCUGACAUUCGGAUUAUUCACUCACCCAGUGAUGGCAACCAUGCUCGGCUCUAUAAGGCUGACCAAACUCUUUAAAUGAUGAUCUGGAAGCAGGGUACAAAUGCCCUGCUGUCACCAUAGCAACUACAGUGGGCUGUAGUGGUUAUUUUUCCUGCUAUGCCGUAGGUUGAAAGCGGUCUUGCCCAAUUUAGAUUAGUAUGGCAUUGUUGACGAAACAAGAAUCUUGGAGAUGUUCUUGGACAUUUGAGCUUACAUGUUUGAGAAACUUUAAAGGAUCACUAUAGGCACCCGGACCACUUCAGCUUAAUUUAGUGGUCUGGGUGCCUGGUCCAGCUAGGGGGUCCUUUAAUGUGCACAGAACUCUUCUGAAUUUGGCUGGCAUUAAUUUUAAGUGUCAUACAUACCAUAUGUGAUCUUCACUUUGUCUCAACAUCUUGGCCAAUAUGUGUCCGAUAGAAAAAUUGCAGUUAGUCAGGCAGACUUACCACUGCUACAGGUACAUCCUGUACUGCUAAUGCUACUCAUAGACCAGGGCUAAAUUAAUGCCAUUAUUGGCUGGUGUGCUGGGUUUCUCCAAUGCUUCCAAAGGUAAUCUAUCCUAGUCUCACAGGAGGCUGAGUGGAGGAAGAGGGGGUUUUCAAAUCAAAAUUUUAUAUUUUCCCCCUUUAACAUGAAAGGUACCUCAUUGUUAAUGCAUUAGUCAAAUAUGAGCUAAAAAGCCUAUGAUGAUUUUGUUAUCCCUGUCUGACCUAAUAAUGAAAGACUCUGUAAAAUCUGAGGCUUUGGAAUGGCGGUAGGAGCAUUUACUGAUUGGAUUUUGUUGCAUGUGAAUUCAUUUUGCUUUUUUAUUUUCUACAGGACUCUGCAGAUUGA